CAUGAUAAUGAAAGAAAAUUAUCCUUUGGAAACUCAUACAGUGGUGACAGACGAUGAGUAUAUGUUAACUGUUUAUCGCAUACCAGGACCUUUGGGUUCUAUUCCUGUAUUUUUACAGCAUGGACUUUUUGAAAGUUCAGUUGACUGGUUGCACAGUGGUAGAAGAAAAUCACUUGCAUAUAUAUUAUCUAAUCAUGGAUAUGAUGUGUGGUUAGGAAAUGCAAGAGGUAGUACUUACUCUAAGCGCCAUAAGCGAUUAUCAACAAGAAAUCCAGAAUAUUGGGAUUUUAGCUGGAAUGAACUGGGAGUGUAUGACAUACCGGCUUGUGUCACAUACGUUUCAAGAAUAGCAAACAAUACCUUAUGCUAUAUUGGACAUUCAAUGGGUACCUCGUCAUUUACUGUAAUGGCUGCUGAAAAACCGCAUAUUGCUAAAAAUAUACGAGCAAUGUUUGGACUUGCACCUGUAGUUUAUGAAUAUCAUAUAAAACAGCCAAUAUUGAAAUUUUUAUCUAAAUUUACAAAAGCAUUUCAGGUUAAUGUAAAAUUACUUUCAUUAGGAUAUGGAUAUUUAUCUUAG